GGAAAGAGGGAAUCAAGGCACACAUUUUGUCCACCAUUAGUACUGAAGUUUCUUAAAGGGCCAGGUCUCUCCCAUGCUGUUUCGUUUCGGGGUGAUCGUGCCCGCCAGGCUGGCAGAGGGCGGCACGGCGUUGUGUCUAUCAGGCUCCCGCCCGGAGCUAGGUCACUGGGACCCCCAGCACGCUCUGACCAUGAAACUGGCACGGCCAUUGGCUCCACUGCCGGCUCAAGAACCGGUGCUGUGGCUCGCGGAGGUGGCCCUUCCCGAAGAAGAGGCCGCGUGCACGUUCUGGUACAAGUUUCUCAGGCGGCACGAGACUGGAGAGGCAGUCUGGGAAGGCAAUGGGCCCCACCAUGAUCGAUGCAGUGUUUAUAACCCAAGCAACUUGGUUGAUGGAGUUUACUGCCUCCCAAUAGGGCACUGGAUUGAAGUUUCUGGACAUACUGAUGAGAUGAAACAUACAACUGACUUUUAUUUUAAUAUAGCAGGACACCAAGCUAUUCACUACUCCAGAAUUUUACCAAAUCUGUGGCUGGGAAGUUGCCCUCGUCAAGUGGAACAUGUGACUGUGAAGCUAAAGCAUGAGUUGGGUAUUACAGCUAUAAUGAACUUCCAGACUGAAUGGGAUAUUAUUCAGAAUUCCUGGGGAUGCAACCGCUAUCCAGAACCUAUGACCCCAGAGGUUCUCAUGAAGCUGUACAAAGAAGAAGGUCUUGCUUAUGUCUGGAUGCCAACUCCAGACAUGAGUACAGAAGGUAGAGUACAGAUGUUGCCCCAGGCUGUCUGUCUUCUACAUGGGCUGCUGGAAAAUGGGCAUACUGUGUAUGUUCAUUGCAAUGCUGGAGUUGGCAGGUCCACAGCUGCAGUUUGUGGCUGGUUAAAAUAUGUGUUGGGGUGGAAUUUGAGGAAAGUGCAAUACUUUGUGGCUUCCAGAAGAGCAGCUGUCUAUAUUGAUGAAGAGGCUCUCGUAUGUGCUGAGGAGGAUUUCUUUCAGAAAUUUGGACCUCUUCGCUCCUCAUACAAGCCUUAACAGAAAAAAGAGGAAAUCAGUAGAAACGCGAUCAAGCCCAGCAUUUGAUAAAUCAAUGAUCUGGCUCCCAAAGUGGUAUGAGUGACUGAAGAAAAGAAUAAAUCAUUAUUACUCAUAAGAACAAGAAGCAUGAUAAGCCAUCUGAAUCCAUGCUUCACGUUUUUAUUUGUCAUGAAAUAAUUUAAGCACAAGGGCUCUAAUUCAACUCUGUGUGUAUGUAGAACCAGGGUUAUGCAUG